ACGAACAGAGAACAACACGUGUCUGAAAAAGAAUUCAGAGAAUUCUUUUCAUUGUUUAAAUAAUUUAUACAUGAAAACCGGCGCAUGUUUCGCAACAGUUUAAAGUUCGUUUAUUUUAUAUCAUACGUUAUUCAAGGAUAUAACUGUAUUGGAUAAUAUAUUGUAUAUCGAAGAUUAAAGUAUAACCUCUACAAUGGUGAAAGAACAAUUUAGGGAAACCGACGUAGCCCGUAAAAUUUCCCAUGUAUCAUUCGGAGUGGAUGGCCGCCACAACAUGGAAAGGCAGGCCCAUAUGCAUGUUGUGGCCAAAAAUUUAUAUAAUCAAGAUGUCGAACAUACUCCAGUUCCAUACGGUGUACUUGACAGAAGGAUGGGGACAUGUAAUAAUACCAUCUGUUGCGUAUCGUGUGGCAAAUCUUUAAGUGAAUGUAUUGGACACUUUGGUUACAUCGAUUUGGAAUUACCAGUUUUUCAUGUUGGUUAUUUCAGAGCGAUUAUUGGUAUUCUUCAGACCAUUUGUAAAAACUGUUCUCAUGUUAUGCUAUCCAAAGUUGAUAAAAAACGUUACUUAGCCAGAGCGUUAAAUCCAAAUUUGGGAUAUUUAUCACGUAAAGCCUUACGUAAACAAAUUUUGGAUAAAGCUAAGAAGACUACAGUUUGUCAAAAUUGUGGUGAUCUUAAUGGAACGGUUAAAAAGGCUGGCUUGCUUAAAAUAGUUCAUGAAAAGUAUAAGGCCAAGAAGAAAGUAGAUCUUAUUGUUCAAGAAAAGCUGGCAGAAUAUAAUAAUGUGCUCGAAGAUAAUAAAGCAUUGGAAGGAGUACUUCAAAGUGGAUUGAUUAAUGUGUUAAAUCCAUUAGAGGUACAAAGCAUUUUAGAAAAAAUACCAGAAAACGACAUUCCUCUAUUAAUGAUGAAUCCAGAAUGUGCAUUACCAAAGGAUUUAGUAUUAACAAGAAUCCCAGUACCCCCAAUUUGUAUUAGACCUAGUGUUGUAUCAGAUUUGAAAGCAGGUACAACCGAAGAUCACCUAACAAUGAAAUUAUCAGAAAUAGUCUUUAUUAAUGAUGUUAUACAAAAACAUAGACAAAGUGGAGCCAAAGUACAAAUGUAUAGCGAAGAUUGGGAAUUUUUACAAUUGCAUUGUGCUCUUUAUAUAAAUAGUGAAAUGUCUGGUAUACCUCUUAACAUGCAACCAAAAAAAUCUGGUAGAGGAUUGGUCCAAAGAUUGAAGGGAAAGCAAGGUCGCUUUCGUGGUAACUUAUCUGGUAAACGUGUAGAUUUCUCUAGUCGUACUGUUAUUUCACCAGAUCCCAAUCUUAGAAUUGAACAGGUUGGUGUACCUAUUCACGUGGCCAAAAUUUUAACCUAUCCUGAGAAAGUUAAUCCAUCAAAUAUAGAAUUAAUGCGAAAAUUAGUAAGAAAUGGUCCAGAUAUACAUCCAGGUGCAAAUUUCAUACAACAAGGAAAAACUCAAUUUAAAAAAUAUUUGAAAUACGGUAAUCGACAGAAGAUUGCCCAAGAUUUACAAUAUGGUGAUAUUGUCGAAAGGCAUCUUAGGGACGAUGAUGUAGUAUUAUUUAAUCGCCAACCAUCAUUACAUAAACUAAGUAUCAUGGCACAUAAAGCGAAAGUGUUACAACACCGAACAUUUAGGUUUAAUGAAUGUGUUUGUACUCCAUAUAAUGCCGAUUUUGAUGGCGAUGAGAUGAAUCUACAUUUACCACAAACUGAAGAAGCAAGAGCAGAAGCUUUGGUUUUAAUGGGGAAUAAAUCGAAUUUAGUUACACCACGUAACGGAGAAUUAUUAAUAGCAGCGACACAAGAUUUUAUCACCGGUGGAUAUCUUUUAACUCAAAAAGAUACAUUUUUAAACAAAGCUCAAGCAAGUCAAUUAGCUGGUUGUCUUUUGGCAGGAACUGAUAUUUCUAUGUCCGUUAAUCUUCCUGAACCAGCUAUUUUAAAACCAACCACGUUAUGGACAGGAAAACAAAUUUUCAGUUUAAUUUUAAAACCCAACAAUGCUUGCAAGAUUAAAGCUAAUUUAAAAACCAAAGGAAGAGCUUACACUAGCAAUGAAGAAUUAUGUAUUAAUGAUUCCUAUGUUAUUAUCAGAAAUUCAGAAUUAAUAGCAGGAUCUAUGGAUAAAUCUACAUUGGGUUCGGGAUCGAAGCAAAACAUAUUUUACAUUUUAUUGCGCGAUUGGGGUGAAGAUAUUGCAACAACUGCUAUGUGGCGAUUGGCAAGAAUGGCAAGCUUCUUCCUUAUGAACAGGGGCUUUUCUAUCGGUAUCGGUGACGUAACGCCUGGACAAGGGCUUCUUAAAGCUAAGCAUGAACUUUUAAAUGCUGGAUAUUCUAAAUGUACUGAAUACAUUCGUCAAAUGGAAGAAGGGCGUCUUAUAUGUCAGCCUGGAUGUACAGAAGAGGAGACUUUGGAAGCAAUGAUACUAAAAGAACUUUCAGUAAUUCGUGACCAUGCUGGUAAAGCAUGUUUGAAAGAACUCCAUCCGAGCAACAGUCCAUUAGUGAUGGCUUUAUCUGGUAGCAAAGGCAGUUUUAUCAAUAUUUCACAAAUGAUUGCGUGUGUGGGGCAACAAGCUAUCAGUGGUCAUAGAGUUCCUAACGGAUUUGAAGAUAGAGCUUUACCGCACUUCGAACGACACUCAAAAAUCCCAGCAGCUAAAGGUUUUGUCGAAAACUCAUUUUAUUCCGGUCUAACUCCAACAGAAUUUUUCUUUCACACAAUGGGUGGAAGAGAAGGUCUUGUAGACACAGCGGUUAAAACUGCGGAAACCGGUUAUAUGCAACGAAGAUUGGUUAAAAGUUUAGAAGAUUUGUGCCUUCAUUAUGAUAUGACAGUUCGUAAUUCGGUAGGAGAUAUUGUACAAAUACUGUAUGGAGGAGAUGCUUUGGAUCCUACAUAUAUGGAAGGCAAAGAUUGCCCAGUGGACUGUAAGAGAAUAUUAGAUCACGUAAGAGCUAAAUCGCCCUGUAAAAAUGAAAAACCACUAGAUGGUCCCAGUGUAAUUAAAGCUACAAACGAACUUCUAAAUUCCGAGGAAUACAAGUGUCUCAGUGAAGAAUUUAGGCAGGAAUUGUCCACAUUCCUUAAAACUGUGGCUCGUAAAAUAGCAUGCUUUCGACAUAAUGCUCCAUCGAACGUACCUGUAAUUUUACAACUUGAACGACUUACAGUUUCUCAAUUAGUUGAAUUUAUCCAUACUUGUAAAGAAAAAUACAUGCGAGCUAAAAUAGAACCAGGCACUGCUGUAGGUGCACUUGCUGCGCAAAGUAUUGGAGAACCGGGUACACAAAUGACCUUGAAAACUUUCCAUUUUGCCGGUGUUGCGUCUAUGAAUAUUACUCAAGGUGUACCACGCAUUAAAGAAAUUAUCAACGCAAAUCCUAAGAUCAGCACUCCUAUUAUUACAGCGGCCCUAGAAAAUGAUACAGAUCCAGAAUAUGCAAGAAGAGUAAAAGGUAGAAUUGAAAAGACUACUUUAGGAGAAGUGACCGAAUAUGUCGAGGAAGUGUAUCUACCGGACGAUUGUUUCCUGUUAAUAAAGUUAGAUGUUGAUAGAAUAAAAUUGUUAAAGUUGGAAGUAGAUGUAGAUUCCAUACGUUAUUCAAUUUGUACAUCAAAAUUAAAGCUUAAUCCGAAAUUGGUAAAUGUUAGAGGUGAUUCUAUUAUUACUGUGAAUCCUAGUAAAAAUAAAUACAGUUUAAAUUAUGCGCUCACGCAAUUGAAGGAAACUGUUCCAAAUAUCGUUGUAAAGGGUUUACCAUCAGUUUCUAGAGCGGUCAUUCAUAAUGACGAUUCAAAUGGUAAAACAACAUACAAAUUGUUCGUGGAAGGAGAUAAUAUGCGUGAAGUCAUGGCUACGCAUGGCGUUUUAGGUCGGAAAACAACUUCCAACAACACGUUAGAAGUUUUUAAAACUUUAGGAAUUGAAGCUGCAAGAGCAACAAUAAUGACAGAAAUUAAAUUAGUGAUGGAAAAUCAUGGAAUGAGUAUCGAUCGAAGACAUCCGAUGCUUGUAGCUGAUUUGAUGACAAGCAGGGGAGAAGUAUUAGGUAUUACGAGACAAGGCUUAGCGAAGAUGAAGGAGUCUGUUUUGAAUUUGGCUUCGUUUGAGAAAACAGCCGAUCAUCUAUUUGACGCAGCCUAUUACGGGCAGAAAGAUGUUAUCUGCGGUGUAUCUGAAUCAAUUAUAAUGGGUAUUCCAGUUCCAGUAGGGACAGGAAUCUUCAAGUUGCUUCACAAAGCUGACAAGGAUGAACCACAAAAACGGAACUUGAUAUUCGAUGACCCGCAAUUCCAUAAGAAAAUUACAAAAACCGCAGCAUAAAUGUAAAUUAAUUGUUACCUACUUUAUAAUAAAA